CGAGGCAGGACCAGCAUGCCUCCCUCCUUCAAACUCCAGUGUCGCUUCAUCCUGGUCUUCCUGGUGGCUCUGCGCGGGGAGAGCCGGUACCUGGAGCUGCGGGACACCGGGGGCCACGACCCUUUCCUGCUCCUCGGCGCGCAUCUGAAGCGGGAGCUGGCGGGGGAGCCGCUGUACCGCCGCGCUCUGCGGUGCCUGGACAUGCUGAGCCUCCAGGGCCAGUUCACCUUCACCGCUGACCGGCCGCAGCUGCACUGCGCCGCCUUCUUCAUCAGCGAGCCCGAGGAGUUCAUCACCAUCUCCCUCGACCUGGUCUCCAUUGACUGCCGGGGCGGGGACUUCCUGAAGGUAUUUGAUGGUUGGAUUCUCAAAGGGGAGAAGUUCCCCAGUUCCCAGGACCACCCUCUCCCCACAACUGAGCGGUACGUAGAUUUCUGUGAGAGUGGUCUUGGCAGAAGGAGCAUCAGAUCCUCCCAGAAUGUGGCCAUGAUCUUCUUCCGGGUCCAUGAACCAGGAAAUGGGUUCACAUUAACCAUCAGGACAGAUCCCAACCUCUUUCCCUGCAAUGUCAUUUCCCAGACCCCAAAUGGAAGGUUCACCCUGGUAGUUCCACAUCAGCAUCGAAACUGCAGCUUCUCCAUAAUUUAUCCUGUGAUGAUCAAAAUAUCUGAUCUCACCCUGGGACACUUAAAUGGCCUGCAGUUAAAGAAACCUGCAGCAGGCUGUGGGGGGAAAGGAGACUUUGUGGAGCUGCUGGGAGGAAGUGGAUUGGACCCUUCCAAGAUGAUGCCUUUAGCUGAUCUCUGCUAUCCCUUUCACGGCCCUGCCCAAAUGAAAAUUGGCUGUGACAACUCGGUGGUGCGCAUGGUCUCCAGCGGAAAACACGUAAACCGUGUGACUUUUGAGUACCGCCAGCUGGAACCAUAUGAACUGGAAAACCCCAAUGGAAACAGUAUCCAGGAAUUCUGUUUGUCAGGUCUUUGAAUAACCAAUUCAGUGAAUUUACAUGCUGCUAGCAAAGUGAGUGUUUAAUAGGUAUUAUAUAUGAUUUUGAUGACCACUAGUUUAAAGCCUUUCAUACCAGUC